UGUCUUUCUCUCGCGUACGAUGAUUUGAUUCUUCGCCGGGGCGCCAACGACGGCGUGGUUUAGGUGUUCCGGUUCCUGGCCGUAGUUCAAAGACAAGAUGGCGAAACGCCGAUAUAAAUUGCAGGAAUUUGUAGCACAUGCGGGGAAUGUGAAUUGUUUGAACUUCGGGAGAAAGAACUGCAGAUUAUUUAUUACUGGUGGAGAUGAUCGGAAAGUGAAUCUUUGGUCGAUAGGCAAGGCUGCAUCUGUGAUGAGCCUUUCUGGCCACACAAGUCCAGUUGUGUCUGCAGGUUUUGAUUCAGCAGAGGAAUUAGUGAUAGCUGGAUCAUCUUCCGGAGUCAUAAAGCUGUGGGAUAUGGCAGAAAGAAAAAUUGUUCGCACUCUUUUUGGACACAGAUCCUAUUGCACUGCUGUUGAGUUCCAUCCAUUUGGUGAGUUUUUUUCAUCUGGUUCCAUGGAUACUAAUCUAAAGAUAUGGGAUAUUAGAAAGAAAGGAUGCAUCCACACAUAUAAGGGUCAUACUGGUGGGAUCAGUACAAUAAGAUUCAGUCCUGAUGGCCGUUGGGUCGCCUCUGGUGGUUUUGAUAAUGUCGUAAAGGUAUGGGAUUUGACUGCGGGGAAGCUUUUGCACAAUUUCAAGCUCCACAAAGGACAUGUUUGCACCAUAGAAUUCCAUCCUCUCGAGUUUCUUUUAGCAACUGGUUCCGCAGACCAUACUGUAAAAUUUUGGGAUCUGGAGAAGUUUGAGAUGAUUGGAUCUGCGAAACGUGAGGCUACAGGAGUCCGAUCAAUGACCUUCCACCCUGACGGAAGAAGUCUUUUUUGUGGACUGGAUGAUAGUUUAAAGGUUUACUCUUGGGAGCCUGUAAUCUGCCAUGAUUCUGUUGACAUGGAAUGGUCAACACUUAGUGAUCUUUGCAUUCACAAUGGAAAACUUUUGAGUGGUGCAUAUUACAAAAACUCCAUUGCAGUUUGGGUGGCAGAUAUCUCGCUUAUAGAGCCAUAUCUGACAAGAUUAGGACUGGAGAAACAUAGCCACUCGUUGCAGAAAUGUGAUAGUCGGGGAAGUCUUUUGAAGAAUGAAGAAAGCCAUCCAAAGCCUGAGUCAAAUCUGUGUGAAAGAACACUAGAUAAUGAUUCUAAGGAAAUUAAAACAAUUUAUGUUGACUCUGCAGCUUUAAAUUCUAUCACUUCAAAGACAGUUGAAUUGCUUGACGCUCCUAAGAUUGUACUCCCAUCUGAUUCCAACGGAAUCAGUAUAGUGGGAACUCAGAAGCAGGGUCCUGCAGGGAGCUCGCAUGCAGAAACUAAUGAACCUGCUGAUAAUAGAUCUUUCAUAGUGCCUAGCAGUGUACCUUCUGAUGGUCCUGAUGGAAAAGAUUUGGUGGGAUCUAGAAGGGAAUCGAUUGCCUCCACUACGGACAGCACUGCUGAAUGUGCUAAGCCCCGGCAUAAAAGGAGGCUAUCUGACAGUCAAUUUGAUUUGGAGAUAACCCUCGAAGCUGUUCCUUGUGAAACUAUCAGAACUGCAGUAAGCAGUAAAGAGGAUCCAAAUGUCUGCUGUGGGCUUGUUGUAGAGGAAAUUUCUGGGGAACACCCUGAGGGGAAAAAAUCAAGUAUCAAGAAUUUUGUGGAGAAGUUUGAUAUAAAACCGUCAUUGGCAACCGAGUCAAGUAGAGAAACUGGUGAUCAGACCCUCAAUUUCAGGAAAAGGUUGAAUCCUGUUAAAGCUGUCAAAGGAGUGGCUGUGGCACAUGGAAGGACUCGCAGUUUGGUUGAGUUGUUUGAAAAAAAGGAAAUGUUUGAUGUCAAGGAAAUUCAGAGACCUGAUAGCCCUUCUGUGACCAGUGAGCCUGUGGAUGAUAUUCGGACACCUGAUAGCAUUUCUGUGAUCACUAAGCCUAUCAAUGAAAUUCGUACACCUGAUAGCACUUUUAUGACCACAGAUCCUGUCAAUGACAUUUCCAAACCUGAUAGCACCUCUGUGAUCCCUGAUCCUGUCAAUGAAAUUCGGGCACCUGGUAUCGCCUCUGUGACCACUGAUCCUGUCAAUGAAAUUCAGACACCUGGUAUAGCCUCUGUGACCACUGAUCCUGUCAUUGAAAUUCGGACACCUGAUAGCACCUCUAUGACCACUCCUGUUAAUGAAAUCCGGACACCUGGUACCACCUCUGUGACCACCGAUCCCGUCAAUGAAAUUCGGACACCUGGUAUCGCCUCUGUGACCACUGAUCCUGUCAAUGAAAUUCGAACACCUGAUAGCGCCUCUAUGACCACUGAUCCUGUUGAUGAAAUUUGGGUACCUGAUAGCGCCUCUGUGACCACCGAGCCUGUCGAAACACUCCUGUCUGAGAAUAAUGAUAAGAAAAUUAUUAUGAGGGAGGAUGCAACUGUGGAUGACAAUAAUGUUAUUCAAAACCUGAUGCAGAAUCAUGAUGUGGUAUUGAGUACAUUUCGGUCACGACUGACGAAGUUACAGGUGGUGAGGCAUUUUUGGGAAAUGAAUGAUGUCAAGGGAGCCAUAAAUGCUCUGAGGAGAUUGCCUGACCAUUCUGUACACGCAGAUGUAGUUGAUGUUCUCAUAGAAAGAAUGGAUGUUUUUACGUUGGACCUAUUCUCUUGCUUGCUUCCUGUGCUCUUAGAAUUGUCUGAAAGCAAGGCAGAAAGGCAUGCUAGUAUUUCACUGGAGAUGCUUCUGAAGUUGACAUCAGCGUACGGUGCAGUAAUUCGUUCAACAGUUUCAGCACCUCCAACAGUUGGGAUUGACCUUCAUGCACAAGAAAGACUUGAAUGCAGCAAACUAUGCGCUUCCCAUCUCCAAAAUAUACAGAAAAAUCUUCCAGACCUCGUGAAGCGCGGAGGAGCUGUAGGAAGAUGGGCACAACAACUACACCUAGUUCUCGAACAACAGUAGCCUGCAUUAAGAGGAAGAGCCAAAAAACAUAGCUACAUUUUACCAGUAACAACAAUUUUGCAAGAGAUAUUGGUGAAAGUGCUGCAAUUUUGGUACGUAUUUUUUGCUACCUGUUGAAUGGAUGUGGAGCUAUGCAAAUGCAGUUGUUUGGUCAGCUGUGGUGCAUUCUUGUAUAACAGUGGGCAUAGGGGUAGACUCUUGCAGCAGUUUUCCCCUUUUUAAUAUGUAUGUAGUCUUUAUAUACAUCAAACAUCAAUAAUCUGGAAAAACGAAAAAUAUGUAUCCAAUUUAGUGAUAAAAUAAUAAUUAUU